CUGCCCGGCACCUCAAUGUUUACAGUCUUAAUCGGUUUAUUGCCGUAUUUUAUUGUUUUAUCGACGCUUCGACGAUGCCGUCGACGCCUCUAAACACCCUCUAGGAGUUUCGAUGAUGCGUAAACAUCACCCGGAAUCAUAAUGUUUUGGGAAGUUGCGACCACGUUGAUGUUGGUCGCUUGUACACAACAGUGCAAAAGGACCGAAUUUAGAUGCAAUAAUGGCAAUUGCAUCGCGAGCAAUAAAUUCUGUAAUGGCUUGCAAGACUGUACCGACGGCAGCGACGAAUUACCCUACUGCACGCCUUGCAACGCCACUUAUUUCGGCGAAAUCGGCCGCACUUACGAGUUGGAAGUGAAGAGGCCUACCGAAUACCAAAUGCCCUUUUUGUGUUAUCUCAAUUUCACAGCUGGUGGCGGCGUGUUGGGCGAACUCGUUCAGCUUACUUUUGAAUCGUUUGCUGUUGGAACGUUUGAGUCGUUCACCACCGAGGGAUGCCCUGAUGGAUUUAUUUCAAUUAAAGAAGGAAAUCGACCGACUUCAGGUGGCAAAUGGUGUGGAAGCGCCUGGGGUUAUACAGUGUACUACAGCGAAACCCCCAGUGUAAAUCUUUCGCUGAGACUCGAACGGUUCCCUCAACAGCAGAGCUCAGGCUACACCUUCGAGUUCAAAUUAUCGUACAAAUUCCUGAAACUAAGCGACGCCCGUAUCCGCUACGGCAAUGCAACGCAACGUUCUUACCGCGGCAAAUUAAGCACAGGAACCUACUGCGACCGACUAUUGGAAGGCUGCUCACGUCGGCCGUGUCGCAUCCAAUCCCCUAAUUAUCCGGGGAUUUACCCUCGGAACGUCAGCUGUCAUUAUCGAGUCCGGGAACGCAAUGUUCCUCCCGGAAAACACGCUCUUAUCGCAGUCCGACAACCGAAUUUCCACUACAAGGAACAUUUACCCAAGUUUGAUAACAGUGACAGAGUUUUGAGGAUAUGGGAUCAGUGUAAUAUGAUGCAAGAUUAUAUCGAAAUUUUGGACGGAUGGGGACCAACAGCUACAACGUUGGCACACCUGUGCAGCGGGGAGACAGUGCCGGAAAUUAUAAGCAGCGGACCGGAAUUGUUAGUCAAGUUUCACACCUCGCCAUUCGGAAACCCCUUCCACCCACUACCCCUAUCGUAUCUGCCCGGAUUCGAGCUCGAAAUUGAGGUCUUUUAUGUGAAUAAAGAAUCCCCGACGUACAUCGAGCACGGCAAAAAGUGUGAAUUCUUAGUAACGACAUUUGACAAUUCUUCCGGCCUACUAGAAAGCCCCCUACAUUCCCUUCCGCCGAAUACAACCUGUCACUACUAUUUCCGGGGGCACCCCAAAGAAAUCAUUUGGAUAAGUUUCAUCAAAUAUCACGUGACCAAUGAACGUUUAACCGAUUUCAAUACCGGCGAGUGUGACGUCCAAUUACAAAUAUGGGACGGCGACAUCAAGUCGUCUACGGUCCCUCUGAUUGGUCAGUUCUGCAAAGACGACAAACCCAAACUCUGUGACCACUCACUAUUAAAAAACUCGUCACGUUUGACUCGUCCUUGCGGAUUAUCAGAAAGCUACAUCUCGUCAGGCUCUGAUUUAACAAUUGCACAUUCAAUUAGAUAUGGCAGUGUUUUGUAUCCGGUCAGUUUUGUGCUCCGGUACGAGUUUGUCGAUUUAUCGCAAGAGGGCGUGCAGAUCUCCCGGAAUCCUUGUGACCGGAUGUUGAAAGAAGCAACCGGGAGGUUUUACUCGCCCAAAAUAACGUUUUUAUAUGGAAGAGGAGGCCAGGAGGACCUGACGUGCAGUUACCACUUCGAAUCAGAUGAACAACAAAGACUAAAAAUCACAUUUUUAAAGGCCGGUUUUGGGAGUAAGGAAUGUGUCUCGGUUUAUAACCCUGAGAUAGGGCGAUGGGUUUGCGGGAUAAAGUCCUACGGGAACGGGUUUGCUAAUUUGAAGAUUUAUGAAUAUCCCUGGUCCGGAGUGGAGAUCCUUAGGGAUUGUCUUUGUGGUAAUUUCUCCGAACCUUUGACGCUAAUUACGAAAACUGCCAGGAAAGUCGUGGUGAAAUUCACCGUAAAUGGGAUGAAAAUUACCGAGGAUUACAGGAAUUACUUCUUUGAGGCCAAUUAUGAAUUUGUAUCGAGUCAGAGCGACGGCAAUUGUUUAAAUCCGUGGAAAAGUCGGCGCUUGAAAGGCUCCAGUGGGGAAAUUUCUGUGCGGAACAACGCCCAAACUUUGAAACAAAACGAACAGAGCUACCAACAGAAUCAAUCAAACGCGUACUGUCUGCACCAACCGUGGCUCAUCGAACCGGAAGACUCCCUCAGCAAUUUCAUAUAUUUGAAAAUCAAAGGAGUCAACAAAAGAGAUUCGCGAUUGUGUCCGAGUAAAAACCGGAUUUUGGUAUACCCGGCCGGGAGGACUGAAGACGUCCGAAUUAUAUGUCCCUAUUAUGAAAACAUCGAUGAUGUUGUUGAGAUGUUUUCCGAGGGUUGGAAUCUGUACUCAUAUCGCAAGAUCCAAAAUAAGAACUCUCGGAGUUUUAUAAUUGAAUUUUUGCAACGAGAAAUUGGCAACUUUGCAGUGACUUGGAUGGAAAUCUCCAAAAACCCAGCUCUAACUCUACCCAGCACCAUGCUAAUGAUGAAUCCACCCGACUGCCCCCACAGUUGUCCGGAACUCGGGGCCUGCAUUAGCUCUGAUUUAUGGUGCGACGGUUUGCGCCACUGUCCCUCAGGCAACGACGAACAAGAAUCUAACUGUUCGAUCCACGCCGGUUUUCCUAUAUCAUAUCUGAACUCUGUGGCCCUUUGUGCUCUAGUUCUAGUAGUAACAACUACUGUAAUAAUUCUAAGUUUCUAUUUCUUCAAGUAUUGGAGACGCGAACAAAAAAACGUUAUUGUAUCAGUAACUGAACACACCUUCCUAGAAUUUAAGAGUGGUUUGUGUUAAGAAGAGUUAAAACUUCAAAUGACUGACAAUAUAUCUGUUGUAAUAAAUGUAUAAAGUUUUUAUGGUGAAUAAAAUCAACAAACU